UCAGUGACGUCUGGACUGGAAAUUGUCAACAUCGAGGGCCCGAGUGUGGUCGUGAACGGGUCCCUGCCUCAGCUCGUCCUCGACUGCGAGUAUGACAUCAAGGAGUAUGAUAAGAAAGGUUUGGUAGUGAAGUGGUACUUCAACAGGCAGCCUUUUCCAGUCUACCAGUGGAUACCAACCAACGUGCCUCAGGACCUGGGCAUCUUGAAGGGUCGCCUGAACCUGAACUACGCCGUGUCGGAAGAGGAGUAUACGAAACAUCGCGCCUUGGCCAUUGUCAAGCCCACGACAGAGCUCAGUGGGGAGUACACGUGCUGGAUCUCCUCCUUCGAGAGCGAGGAUUUCAAGAGGAAGAGUCUUAUUGUCUACGCACCUGCCAUGGACAUGUCGAUGACGUAUACGAAGCCUAGUGAGGAGAGUGUAGUGGUGUCCUGUCGGGCGGGAGGCAUCUUCCCAGAGCCAAACAUUGCCAUUUUCAGAAGUACUUCUUCAUCCAGGAGAGAUGUGAUCGAGGGAGCCAAGGUAGAGAGUCAACACUUCCCAGAGCUUGGCUACUUCAACAUCAGCAUCGAUCUGGAGGUCUUCGACUACGAACUCGACCCGGAGACCCUGUUCGAGUGCGUCCUCACCAUACCCGGAACAGAAUACGAACUUCACGAAGAGAUUCUUUACUUUCCUGGGCCCCCAACUACCACCACCAGUUCCACCACCACAACAACCACUUCAACUACCACCACCACCACCACCUCUACCGCUCCUCCUCCUCCUCCUGAGCCUGAAGAGGACGAGGAGGAUGAGGACGAUGAGGAAGACGAAUUUGAUAAUGAUAUUGAUGAUGAUAUUGAAAUUGAGGAAGUGGGAACAAAGCCCCAUGUUGCAGAGAGUGUAUCUGGUGGAGACAUUGUUGCCAUAUCAAGCCUAACGCUCUUCUCACUACUGCUCUCACUCCAGUAUUACUUCUGGCAACACUGAAGGAGGCGUGAUGUAUGUUUCCUGUGGCCAGCCUCGCCCCUCCACACACACCCACUCUCCUUGUUGCUCCCCAGUGUGGCUAUGGCGCGUCCAACUGAUCUACACCCGCCUCUCUCUCAUCCGGAUUCUGCGAGAUCAUUGAAAAAACUUAAAAAUAUUCGGAUAGAGACACUGAUGCGUGCAGACUGUCUUGUGAGACGUGUCGAAAUGAAGACUUGUUUUGUUAAAACGUUUUAAGACAGACUUUUUGUCUUGGUAGUUUUGCAUAAGGAGGGAAGGAUCUCUGCCUUUUGCCUGCUGUUGGAAUGACCCAAGGAAAUAUUUCAUCUCUUUGUUUUCAAUGGAACCAACAAUUUGACUUUGUCAUGACUUUUCUGUCGCCAGGCGCCCACAAUCCCGCUAUCGUCCCUGUUCAUCUUCAUCUCUCACGUGAUAUAUCCGAUAUGUGCGUCCUAUGUCCUGCCUUCCUUCCCCCCCUCCGCCCCCACCUCCUCCCAAGAUGAUUCUAUUCAAGUGUGACCUACAAGACGAGUAGACUUCCACUACAAGACGCUCCCUGUCAGCCUCCAGUUGUUGUUUAGACGUAAAGUCCACCGCUUAGAAAGAGACUUUGUGAUGAAAUUUUACAGUAUCAGUUUUUAUUCCUAGUUUGGAACAGUUUUCUGAGACACUACUAUGAUUCCUUUUUAGAAUUUACAUGCAUAUUUUUUUGUAAGUACUUUAUACAUAUAUGUAUACUCUUUUUUGCAACCCAUCGACCAUGCUACGUAUGGAAUUUGUGUAGAACAAAAAUGAAAAUCUUCGUAAAUGCAAAGUUUAAAAGCAGAUUUUUCUGACUUCUUGUUGCUGAAUACUCAUAGGUACAUUUACAGGGAAAGCCAUAUGUUAAGCGCUUUACGUCAUUACUUGAAGCUUUUCUGAUAUAAUAAGUAUAAGAGAAAGCAAAUAUAUUUCCCCCCCCCCUCCAUGCAAAUAUAUAACUGGAAAAUAUAUAUAUAUCGUAUGUAUCUGCUGACUGAUACUCAUAGUAUGGCAGAUGUUGUAUUGAAAUGAAAGUUAGCAUCCUCUAUCUGCUUCCCUCCCUCCCCCGUUCCAUUUUCUUCCCCCUUCCCAUUCUCCUCUUCCACUAAACCCCGCCUUACGAGCCUUACCACGUUACUGGUAGUCGAUAUCAAUGUGAUUGAACAUUGACUGAAAUUUUUCAUGGCAAUCGGGGCUCAUUUACGGAGCGAUCAAUCACCAGGCGCAAUCACCUUAGGAACGCGAGUCCUGAGCAAUGCUCCCGUCAUUUUUGAUAGAAAGGAAUGAUCUUAAAGUGCAAGAUGAAUCCACUUAUUUUUGGACAGAUUUGCUUUAACAUCCUAUGUCAUCAAAACCAGUAAACUGUUUUAGUUUAGGCGUACCCCGAUGCGUGGCAUGAUUGACAAUUGAUUAUUCUAGUGCGCAAAACGACUAUUAGCAGCCGUAUACCAUGUUUCAGAAAUGAAGGCGUUUAAGCUACACUUUGGGAUAGGGGUUACGUUACCUUGCGAUCAUUUCGGGGCUUAGCGACCCCGCGGCCCGGUCCUCCACUAGGCCUCCGAAUGGUCACAUAAGUCAAGGUCACUUAGACCUAUGAUUCAAAUUAAAUUAAAGUGAUGAGAAAAAGUAAACAGAACAAGAUGGUUUAAGUCAACAGUGUCCACUGUAAGGGUUUGUUAAGUAUGGUGUCUCCCCACCAGUCUGUUUCCUACUCCUUGGUGUCAUCUCAAAGAUUCCUCAACUCUAAUCUACCAAUCUCUGACCCCGAACCUGAUCUGCCAAACCAGUUUCCGCGACAACAAUGUGCGUCUUCCCAGUGUUAAAUGUUGUAUUUCUUUUUAGUUUUGCUUGUCCUCCCUACCUUGAGUGUUUCCUCUGAGCUUCUGUUUGUUUUGUCUAAUCUUGUGUAUUUCUAGUCCUUUAUUAGAGCUCUCACUUGUGGUUUGUUCGCAUGAAAAGACAAUCAGAGUUUUCCUAGCAUACGUCGCCAGCUUUUGUAACAUUUUGGUCUUAAUCAUUAAGAUUUACUGAAUUUACUGUCUGAAGUUCUAUUCAAUAUGCCAAUAGUAUUUUUUUUUUAAUAGAUGAGUGUUCGAAAUUGUUCGAAGUAUAUGAUUCUCCCGAAGAAUUAAAAAGUACCUUUCCAUUCAGGCAGUAAUUUGGAGGUUGAAUAACAUUACGUAUUACCAUGUUCCCCUUAAUUUAAGAUUUUAUAAUACUCUAAUGGUGCUAUUAAUUUUAGCUCCCGUUUUCUUUGCUCUGGUAACAUUUCUUGCAUCGUUUGAUGAUUUUUACCCGAAUGCAAGUAUACGAAUUGCAAGAUAAUACUAGCACUACACCAUUCUCCCCCUCCCCCCCCCCUUACUCCCCACCAUUACAACCCCUUCCCCUCACUACCGUCGCAUUCCCACCCCCCCUUCCCCCUUACCUCGACAUGACCCAUCUCCCCCUUUUCCCCCCUUAACCAUGAACUAACUCCUCAGGCGCACGUCAAUUAGAGGCCUAGUUAACCCACAGUUAGGCGCUCUAGAAUCACAGGAAAAAAGGUUAUCAUGUAUAACCAAACUCGAUUACGGGCUCACCAUAGCCCGUGCUACAUGGACACUUCGUCCUGAGUAACUAAAUCUUUAACAACAACAACAACAACAACCUCUCUAGAAUGAGGUCAGCUUUGCGCUCCUUGUUUUGUGCCUUUUUUUUAUUUUUGUUAGCUAGGAAUCCUGAUUUCCGCAUUUAGAUUCAUGUAAGGAACUUUGAUUCUAAUAUUUUGUAUUAUUUUGGAUAGCUACAGGCGUCUUGGGGUACAAUUCUUAAACUGGCUGUGUGUGUGUGUGUGUGUGUGUGUGUGUGUGUGUGUGUGUGUGUGUGUGUGUGUGUGUGUGUGUGUGUGUGUGUGUGUGUGUGUGUGUGUUUCCCAUACACGAGGUUAAACACUGCUUAAACUAGAACUUUGAUAACCAUAAAGUCUCUGAUAACAAAAAUGUACGAUAGGUGUCACCAGCAUCAUGUAAUUGUUCAUUUGACUUAAAACAAAAAAAACAAAAACACUCGUCUAUUGAUAACGAGUCAACUGGCAUCUCUCAUUCGUUAUAUGAACUAGGCGUUUCUCACGCUUAGCGAACUUCACUAAUCUCAUCAUAUGAAGUAUGAUAUUUAACGUAAACUUCCUUCCCUACCUCCUUCCCCCUCCCUCAAACAAAAAAAAUAUGUACAUAAUACUGAUGAUGUGUGUGUAAAGUUUUGUACGUAAAUUGUAAAUACUUAAAAAAAAAGUUAUAAUAGAUGUAUGUGUAUUGAGAUAUUUCUAGGCCUACAGCCUUAUUGCGCCACUAGAAGUGAUAGGCCUUGUUCCUCAUCAUCAUUACAUCAUUAUUACUUUUAUUAUUUAUAAUUAUCAUAAAUAAUAUUGUGAAGAAUAAAUAAAAACUUAUGUUCAAGAUCCAUCAAUUCUGACAUCUGUUCAAAAAUCACUAUGGUAAUUUAAUUUUUUCCUCCCCUUCACAUUAUAUACGAAAAAUUUACGAAAAAUUCAUUGGAGCAGGACUGCGGGAUCGAACCAGCGUACUUUGUCACCCCAGACUCAUGUCAUAACCCACGAACCACAUUAUGCUAAAAAAUUGUAUAAACUGAAUUCGGUACCAGUCACGUGGAGUCCACGUUAUCUAACUUUUAGCACAUCGUUCUCCAUUAGGGAUUUACAGCGUGUGUUUGUGUCUGAGGAGACCCAAGACGUCGAUUCGAUCCCACAGCCCUGCUCCAGAGAUUCUCAGAUAUACCCCUUUUUGUGUAUCACAAUUUUAUAUUGAUGAAAACCUCACUCCUAAUGUUUUAUUCCAUCAGACAUGUUAACAUGUGCUAGUCAUCGAGUCAGUACUCUUGAGUGAAGAGUUAGAGAGCGAAGCUGUCUUCCUCUUCCUCCCCCAGGCCGCCACUGCUCUCAGAACUAGCGAGUAUUUCCCAGCCUAGAUGAAUAUUAAUGCAGAGGUUGACCUGGGGUAGAGAGGGGGAGGGGAAAGCUUCGCUCUCUCUCUCAUUUUCACCGCGUCGCCUAUUAUUGCUAGUGUACAGGGUGUGUACUAUAUUGUUUGACAUUAAAAUGUUUAUAAUAAUAA